CAAUAUGUAGGCAUUGCGUUAAAGCGCUGCUUGAAAAAUCUUCCAGCCAGAACACCGUGACCUUGCUGAGCCACCACGAGGGUACAGCAGGAGCUUUUUGGUUACGAUCGACUCUGUGCCAGCAGCUGACUCUUAGCCUGCUUUCUCUGGCCGAUUUCCUACACGCCUGAAAUCCUCCUUUUAGUUCGGAGUCCCUCCUUUAAAAAGCGGACAGGGGAAAGCAGCACUCUCCCUCCUACAGCUCCUGGGCCGAAGGGAACCUCGCUUCCCCCGGCGGCCCGGCUGCGGCGACCCCCGGAGCCCCUCUCCGGAGGAUGAGCGGCGGCGGCGGCGGCUCCCCGGCGGCCCCGAGCCCGGCCCUAUCGGGCCGCGGCGCUCGCAUCGCCGGGGCCGCCCCGGGGCUGCUGGACGAGGGCUUCGCCCUCUACCUCGCCGACCCCUUCGACAGGGAGCGCAACCCUGAGGGCGUGCUGAACCUGGGGACCAGCGAGAACACGCUUUGCUUUGAUCUGAUAGAGGAGAGACUCACAAGACCUGACAUGAAUUAUCUGCAGCCUGAUCUCUUCCAGUAUUCUGAUGCACAAGGUAUUAGAAGCUUCAGAGAAGAAAUUGCCAAAUUUCUUACUGAUUAUGCCAGAGCUGCAAAAGAACUUAAUCCAGAAAAUAUAACUGUUAUGAAUGGCUGUUGUGCUGUUUUUGCUACUUUGUCAACUGUAUUAUGUGACCCUGGUGAUGGAUAUCUUAUUCCAGCUCCUUACUAUGGUGGUAUAAAUUCAAAAAUGUGGUUAUAUGGUGAACUACAGCCUGUUCAUGUGCCCUUGUUCAGUGAGGUGACUGAUGAAGAAAGUCACCCUUUCCAGUUAACAGUUGAAAAAUUGGAAGCUGCAUUACAGAGAGCUAAAAAGCAGGGCAUCCGGGUCAGAGCAUUAAUCCUGAUCAACCCUCACAAUCCCUUAGGGGACAUUUACCCAGCACAAUUACUGAAGGAAUGUCUAGACUUUGCACACAGAUAUGAAUUGCAUGUAAUCAUGGAUGAAAUAUACAUGUUAUCUGUUUAUGAUGAUAUCACCUUCACCAGUGUCCUUAGCUUAGAAAGUUUACCAGAUCCAGAACGUACUCAUUUUAUGUGGGGUUUUAGCAAGGAUUUUGGUAUGUGUGGUAUCAGAGUUGGAGUACUGCACACCACAAAUCAUGAAAUUCAGAAAGCUGUUAAUCAGCUGGCUGUCUUCCAUAGCUGUCCUGGACCUGUUCAGCAUGUUCUCAGUCAAUUCCUUAAGGACAGAGAUUGGAUGGAUAAUGUGUUUUUUCCCACCAAUAAAAAGCGACUUAAGGAAGCACAGAAGCUCCUUGUGGAUGGACUUGCAGAUAUUGGAGUACCUGUGCUCAAAAGCUCAGGAGGACUCUAUGUGUGGGCAGACUUCAGAAAAUUCUUAAAAUCACAGACAUUUGAAGCUGAACUCGAACUAUGGCAGAAGCUCCUUGAUAAGAAACUCCUGAUUAGUCCUGGAAAAGCUUUUUGUUGUUAUGAGCCUGGAUGGUUUAGAUUGGUUUUCUCCAAUUCUGUAGAUAAGAUUUACUUAUGUAUUAAGAGACUUGAAGAAAUGCUACACACCAAUGAUGCUGAGCCAGUUCCAAACAACGCAUCCUCAUUAACAAAACACUCAGAACAAGAUCAUUAUUUGUCAUUAUUAUUAAAAUAAAUGCAUAAAUAGCACAGCAAGUGACUAGGUCCAUUCCCUUUUACUUACACAACUUGUAUGACUACAGUAAGCUUUAGGACCCCAAGUGAAUGUGGAAAUUGUAUUCUUGAUAGUAAUAUGGCCUUUGCACUCAUAUUCAUGUCAUUUAAGCUUGGCAAGUUUACGCUGUUUGUGCUGAGAACAUCAAGGUAAAUUAUCGUCCUUUCAGCAAUAAAGUCUAUAGAAUCAUAAAAUAAGCGGAGGUUGGAAGGUACCUCUGGGCACUGCUGGUCCAGAACCCCUGUGUGGAGCAGGGUCAGCCUACAGCAGGAUGACCAGGAACAGUGUCCACUUGGGUUCUGAGUAUCUGCAAGGAUGGAGGCUCCACAGCCUCUCUGAGCAGCCUUUCCCAGGCUUUUCUGCCCAUUGCCUCUUGGCACUGGAUGCCCUGAGAAGAACCUGGCUCCAUCACCCCUAUGCCCUCUUGUUGGGUAUUUACAGAGAAUGAUGUUAGCUCCCAGAGCCUUCUCUUCUCCAGGCAGGCUGAAGAGUCCCAGCCCUCAGCCAUUCCUCCUAUGGCAGAUGUUCCUGCCCCUUUGGCAACUCUGUGGAAUUAUGUCAGUGGGCCCAUGUCUCUUUGUACAGGGAAACCCAGAGAAACAUUCAGCCUGAAGAAGAGGAGGGCUGGGGGGAGGACUCCUAAAUGUAUAAAUACUACAAAGGUGGCUGCAGAGAGGAUGGAACCAGAAGCCCCCCUACCCAGUGUCACACUGGCCUUCGUUACACUACUUUCUAGCAGAGCAAAAGGGACUGUGUUGUUGCUUCUACAUCAAAGUAUUGCAAGGAGUUCCGGACCAGCACAGAAUCAGACAGAAAUACUACUGUUCACUAAAUACCGGGGUGAGCUUGCCACGUCCUCAUGUCAAGGUCUCCACUUAAUCAGGGUGAGCCAUAGGUCAUUGUAAAUAGGCUACACUUGACUUUACGGCCUAGAGAAGAAGGACAUCGCAACAUAAGUUGCUGUAAUUACCCAAUGGCACUUGUCACUAGCAAGAGCCUGAUAUGGAUGCAUUAAUUUUCAACAUACCAUUUCUGCUUACCUCAGCAAGGGAGUGAACAAGCCUCAGCUGGGAUCUGCAAACUUUGCAGGUAGGCAAGAAGCAGUUGCUUUUGGUUUUGCUUCAGUCUAUGUACCUGCGUGUUUGCAUUUCCUCCAGUGUGUGAUCAGUUUCAUCAGAGUGAUCGUAGAGAAGAGAAGGGCGGAAAACCUCAGGGCUUACCUAGCAGUGGUCCCUUACUUAGCAGCUUGGAAGCAAAAUUUGGGAACAAAGAUCUAAGAAGACACUGAGUGUGAAACAGGAGGUGUUGGACUCGGCAUCGUAGAAGGCUGUUUGCUCGCCUUGCUGCAGACACCGCACUGCCACCCCACCCUUGGCUCUAAGCAAGACAUUCAUAAAGGUGGGAAAUACAGGGAAGAAACAACCCAACACCGACCAUGCUGUGUGAGGACUGUAUGAAGGAAAGGUCUGUGCAUCGGAAACGAACUUGGACGUGGGAAGCCCCUAACAAACGAAAGGAUGAAGACCUGCUGACGUACUACCUGCGUUGUCAGGAUGCAAAAAAGAGAUGUUUAAAUCAAGACCGGGAAAACUUUUUCCAUCUGCCUGUUUCUGACUCAGUGAUUAGAGACAUUAAAGUACUUCAGGCAUUCAUCAAGAAGUAUGAACCACGUGGAGCCACUUUUAGCAAAGAAGAAGUUGUUAUCAUCAGUGAAGACUAAAUAAAGUUUGCAAACUGAGAUCAUCAAUGUACCCAUACUACGAUGGAGACUCAAACUAAGUCAAUGUGUUUCCGUGUGGUGGAGAUAACCAGAAUUACUUAAUUACGUUAAUUUGGAGAGACAUACUUAAGUAGAUAAGAGAUGCACCAAUUCUAUCUGUGUGAUAAUCAAUUAAAACCGUAAUUUGGUUGUAUAAUCUUUCUAAUCCAACAGCUGUGGAGAGGAGGUAAAGCUACAGUACUACAGCUACACUUAUUUUUGUUCUCACUACUGUAAGACCAGGAAGGAUUUGUUAAGCAGUAUAUACAAGAUAUCAGUAACCACAAUAAAUGUGUCCAGUCUGCAUUUCCCUUCUCUUUCCAGCAUUUCUUUUGGAGAAGAAAAGCUUGAACUGAGAUUUGUUCUGCUUUCUGAGGUAUUAAGAGACUUUAAGAAAUGCUGCACACCAGUGAUGCCGCACCAGUUGCAAACAACAAAUCCUUUCCUGCUGACACUUUAUGCAAUCCAAAAAGCCUGCACUUCUCCUGGCAAACCUUCAAACACACCAUGCGAUGAUGUCUCCCAGCUAAAAAAUACACUUGUUUAUUGAAAUCAUACAUGCAUGUCAUGAUUUGAUGAAAUUAAUCAUGUUUAUGUUUACUAAAGGAGUGUAUAUCUUCGGUAUGUUCUGCUGUAACCUUGCGUAAUAGUCUCACUUUGUUGUGGCCUGGAAUUACUGGACUUGCAAGUGGACUUGAAGGAAACUGAGCCUCCUGGGUGCUCUGAAAUUCACCCCUGCUAAGUACAGUCCUCAGUUUUAUUCCAUUUCAAGUAUGCUCAUUGUCAGUGAAAUCAGUAAGUCAUACAUAUAUAUUUGCACACUUGUUGGGUUAUGAAAUUUGGAACACACCGACAAAAAUUGGUGCUCCUAUUACUGUGUACCAGGGACUCUAUACGUUAAUCAUGAGACUAAACAUACUGAUCAGGUGAUAUUUAAAUUUUGUUAUUUUGUUUUGGUAGCUGGUGAAAUGUCUUUGUAUAUUCUUGGGAUCAUACGCAUCUUACAACACCAAAUACAUCUUUCUGUAUAUGUCUGCUAGUGAGGACUGUUUGAGAAAGCCUUCAGAUUUUUGCCUUCCAGGAUCCCCUUCAGAUUACUUCUGUGUGCCUGUAUUCACUGCAAACAAUCAGCCUCUUCAAUCAUAUUUUCAUACAUUAAAUGCAAUAAAACCUUGUUGAUCUGUAA